AUGCCAUCUAUUUUAUCAAUUAUCUGGAAUAACAAGUUCAACCUUCCCCCCCUUCCAGCACCCAAUACUUUUUUAGGAAAAUCCAUUCUUAUCACCGGUGCAACAUCGGGAAUAGGUUAUGCAACUGCAGUACAUUUUGUCAGUCUGGGUGCAAGAUCUGUGAUCAUAACCGGAAGAUCGCUUGCGAAAGGGGAACUAGCAAAGGCUAGAAUAGAAGAUGAGACGAGCACAAUUGGAAAAAACAUUGUAAGAUGCAUGGACCUUUUGAUUUCUGAAGUUCCAUCAAGUAUUCAGAUCAGCUGGAAUAUUGAAUUACUUUCAGAUGUCUACGGGCUUCCAAAUGUUGAAAGGUUAGACAUGAGCACCUUUGAAACUAUAAAUGAAUUCGCAGGGAAAGUGACAAGGGAUAUUCAAGAGAUCGACUUCGUUUGUUUGAAUGCUGGAGCUAUUUCCACUAAACACAAACUAGGCAAGGAAGGAUACGAAGCCAUGAUUGAGAUAAGCGUUCUUGGAACUUCUUUCUUGGCGUUACUACUACUGCCUUGGAUAAAAGCAGUUGGAAGAGGAAUUGCUCAUUUGGGCAUAGUAACAAGUGGAGUUCAUAGGAGCGUUGACAUCUCCAAGUGGCCGAAAGAUAAUGUGCUCAAAUAUUGGAGCGCGAAAGAGAACUGGAAGGACGGGCAAAGUGGUUAUGGUCUAGCCAAAUUGCUCCAACAGUAUGCGGUCAAUGAACUCGCCAAGUUAGCACUGAGAGCUGACGGAAAGCACAAGGUCAUUGUGAACUCAAUUUGUCCAGGAAUGGUAAAAUCAGACCUUGGACGAGAGUACAACACCGGUGUAGCCAUGGGUAUAAUUAUCAAUUUGUGGAUGGGUCUUGCUUGCAAGACUACUGAAGGUGGUGCUCGAACUUACGUCCUUGCAGCCCUCACUCCUUCAUCGGAACAUGGAGCACAUUACACAAAUUAUGAGACGGAGGAAAAGUAUAAGAAUUCCGUUGAGCAUAAUAUUUUUGGAGACGAGGGCCAAAACAUGCAGGUGCAAGUUUGGAAAGAGAUAUUGGAAAUAGUGGAUAAAAAGUAUCCAGAAGUGGUCGAGAGAGUUCAUAGUUGA